GCCAACCUGAACGACAUCAUCGCGUCGUCUCUCAACGGCGCCCCCACGUUUGCGGCCGGCGUCGAGUUCUACGAGGCCCGCUUCAAGAAAGACAAGGGGUCGCAGGAGGCGGCCAAGCGGAUGCAGGACGGCCGAUGGACGCGCAAGCAGCAGCAGGGCGAUGUCGCGCCGGCGCGCCAGCGGCUCGUCGGCUCGUCUCGCUCAAGCCAGACCAUAGCCUCGACAAGGUCGUCCACCUGUGCAAGAUGGACUCGUGGGGCGCCGUCUCCGCCGCCCCGCUCCGCGUGCCCGGCAACGCCUCUGCGCCCGCCGCGUCGCUGCUUCUCGCGCCCGAGUGGCUCUUCUCUCACUUUCCGUACGGCAUCUUCUUCCCGGCGUACCGCGUCUGCCACGCCGCCUCGUGGGGGUGGGAGAAGGUGGCGCCCGAGACGUGGGUGUCGCCGCGGACAGAGCGACUGCUCGUGGCCGGGCCAGACAUGCUGCGGGCGGGCCUCGCCUCAAUGUCCGACUUCGACGCGUUUGCAGCGCGGCUGCUGCUGCUCGGCCUGCUUCUCGGCCGGCGCGUCGUCAUGCCGCCGCUGCCAAAGGAUGCGCGCUGGGCGGAGCGAGCUAUCGAGCCGCGUCACCUGAGGGCGAUCGAGGUCGGGUGCGGGCCGGACAAGCAGCGCGUCUGGCUCCCCAUGCCGCACUUCAAGGAGCCGUGGUGCAGCGGGGUCGACUUUCUGUACGAGAUCGACUACCGCGCCGUCGCCCCCUCCAUCCCGCCCGCGGACGUGUCCCACAUCGCCGCCGCCUCGCUCCGCGUGGCGCCCGAGUCGGCCGCCGGGGCGCUCAUCACCAUGUCGGACGGGGCGAGAAGACACACGCCUUCGCCCCCCCGACCGCCCGAGUUGCCUGCCGCGUCUCUUCACAGCACGCCCGCUGUGAACAGGCGACCCCACCCGCCUCGCGCGUGCUCGUCCUCAACGCGGCGGGCGGCGGCGGCGGCGGUGGCUCGCCGCUCGGCUGGCUCCCGAUCGACGACUGGAAGCGGAACGAGUGGAAGGGUCCGUUUGCACGCCGCGUGCGGCCGGCGCUCGAGGCGGCGGGGCUCGAGAACCUCAGGAUCGUGCGCGAUUGCAUGCACUCCCUCGCGACGAGCAGGGACUAGACUUGCUCGACGGGCGCGCGCCGGAGCAACACGCCAAGAUUACCGCAGUGCAGCACGACGGGGGGAGUUCGGCACAUGUCUCACAUGCGUGUGCAGGUUUGUUGCUAGCUUUUUAUGCGGUUCUGACGGU